AUGAACUCUACAAUGUUUCUGUACAGUGUACAAGAAAAAUAUGCAGAUGCGUUUGCAAAGAAUUUGACCAUUGUUCUUCUUGGGAUCAUAAUUAUGUCCAUAAAUGGAAUGUUUGUAUUGACAUUUUUCAGGAGUUCAGUUUUCUACAAUGACCCACUAUACAUAUUAUAUAUUCAUUUGGCUAUCAAUGAUAUGCUCAUGGUUUUUUUCAGUGUAAGUCUUAGUGGGAUGGCUUAUGCAUGGCAAAAUGUACAUCUCCCAUUCUGUGCUACACUUCUAAUAAUAACUGCAACUGCUCAUAAGAACACUCCUCUGACUUUGGCCGGUAUGGCCGUUGAGCGUUACAUCGCCAUCUGCAAACCACUGCAUCACCAUCAGAUCUGCACAGUGCGCAGGACCUACAUCCUCAUCUCUCUGAUUUGGGAUGUAGGAGUCAUACCUGGAUUGCUUGACUUGAUUCUCCUUUCAAUUGUUUGCCCUUUAUCUGUUUUUACAACAGCUGCUUCUCGUAGUGCAUCAAUUCUGUAUUCCACACAAUAUCAUGAAAUACAGACCCGAUUUAUGAAUGGCCUUUACGCGUCUGUUGUGUGGGUAAUUCUUGUAUUCACAUAUUGUCAAGUGCUGGUUGCAGCCAGAAGGGCCUCCGCUGAUAAAUCCUCAGCAAAAAAGGCCCAAAGCUCCAUCCUGUUACAUGGAGCGCAGCUUCUGCUCUGUAUGUUGUCCUACAUUACUCCUGUGUUAGACAAGAUGUUUAUCCCACUUAUACCAGUUGAUCGGGCAAGGGCAAGACUAACCUUUUUAAAUGAUCUUUUAACAAAUAUAGUACCACGACUGCUUACUCCCCUGAUUUAUGGUGUUCGUGAUAAACUUUUUUACAAACACAUGAAGGGGCUUUUUUCAUGCAGAUUAUUCAUUGUAAAAGUUGAAUCAACCAAUCAAUGA